AUGGCUGUGUCUCGUGGAGUGGUAGGAAGGUCGUCGUUGAAUCCGAAUGCCCCACUCUUUGUUCCGAUGCUGUUUCAGCAGGUUGAAGAUUUCUCCCCCGAAUGGUGGGAGUUGGUGCAGACGACUCCAUGGUUCCGUGAUCACUGGUUCCAUCAGUACCAGGAGCAAGAGAUGUUUGACGGCGAGGACUCAUUCGACUUUGGGUUGACUGAACUUCCCGAGGUGCUCGAUAUAGAUUUGGAUGGAGCCGGUUUCAGUGAACAUGUUGAGAUGGACAAGACUAUUUCUGGAGCUACAAAGAAGCACGAUAAGCACCUGUUCCCCAAAGAGUUUGAGACUGAUACCUUGAAGGCAUUAAUGUUGAACCUGAGCUCCAAAUCUCCGAAAAACGGUGCGAGGCCUCUGUCGGUUCUGGACAAGCACCGCGAAAAGCCGGUGCAGUGCGUGAGCCCAAAGUUUGGCCCUCGCCGCAUCAUUCACCAGCCUCGCUGA